AUGGCCAUUGCAAAGCGUGUUGCCAUUCUUAUUUUGUGCUUUGCAUUGGCCUGUCAUGUGGAUGCAACUCCAAGGCCAAGGACAGUUGCUGGUCCUGAUAUCUUCAAGAAUAAAAAUGUCGCCAAGGAUGUGCUCCUUCCUGGUGAGAAAUUACUUAGCGUCAUGAGUUUUGGAGCCAAACCUGAUGGCGUGUUCGACAGCACUCAGGCUUUCAUGAAUACAUGGAGAAAGGUGUGCCAUGAAUCGACAGAGCCAACGAGGUUUUACGUUCCUCCUGGCAGAUUCUUGAUUUCUCCUAUAAUUUUUCAAGGGCCAUGCACUGUUCCAAGUCCAAUAACAUUUCAAGUAGAAGGGACUGUUUUGGCUACAGAGGAUAUUUCGGAGUUUGAAAACUCCGAAUGGCUCAUGUUCCAGAAACUCAAUGGCUUGAAGAUCAUUGGUGGGGGCAUCUUCGAUGGCCAGGGUAAAAGUUCCUGGCAAUACGCAGAGAAUUGCGAAUCAAGCGCUGACGACCAAUGCGUUAGAAAUCCUAGCAGCUUGUAUUUCGAGGAGGUGUCCAACGUGGUUGUACAGAACAUCAGAUCAGUGAAUCCCAAAGGCUUUCACAUAUUUGUUACCAAAAGUUCAAACGUGAGGUUACGUAAACUUAAGCUGGUGGCACCGGAAACCAGCCCCAACACUGAUGGGAUUCAUAUCAGCCUUUCCGACACUGUGAUAAUAUCAAGAAAUACCAUAGCAACUGGGGAUGAUUGUAUCUCUAUGAUUCAAGGAGUAAAAAAUAUUUUCAUCAACAGACUCAAGUGUGGACCUGGACACGGUAUUAGUAUUGGUAGCCUUGGGAAGUAUGAGGAUGAGCAAGAGGUGAGAGGCGUUCGUAUCAAGAACUGCUCAUUGAUUGGCACAACCAAUGGCCUUAGAGUCAAAGCUUGGCCAGAAAAGUACCCAGGUGCAGCAUCAGAUAUAAGCUUCAGUGACAUUAUCAUGCAAAAUGUUAAGAACCCCAUCAUCAUUGACGAGGAGUAUGAAUGUUAUCCAAACUGCAAAAAGAAGCCGUCACUUGUAAAGAUCAACAAUGUUCACUUUUCAAAUAUAAAGGGAACUACAAUUUCACCAAUUGCUGUGGACUUGAGGUGCAGCCAGCUGUUCCCAUGCCAAGGUGUUACAGUGCAGGACAUUGACCUCAAGCUUGGACUCGCCCCAACCUCCGCCAGAUGUGUCAAUACUAAACCUAUAUUUGGUGGCUUGCAAAAUCCACCACCUUGCCCUUAG